AUGGACGAUCAUUUCAAUUAUGAAAACUUGGAGAUUCCAUAUGACAUCGAUUUUGGAGAUUAUGAGUUUGAUAACCUUUCUGAAGAACUAGCGGAAUUGGAGGAACCAAAUCCAGCUUUACUCGAAGAAACAAGAGCAAGCCUCGCAGAAGCUAGGAAAUAUGCAAACAAGACAUGCAAUCUCAUCAAGUCGGGUCUUGAGGACGGUUCCGUUAAAUCUACUGCCAGUUUACUUGCCUGUCAAGCAGAGAUACUCAUAGCAACUGAAGCACUUGAAAAGGCAACAUCUAAUCUUUUGCCAAGCUGA